AUGGGUUCCCCUACACCGCCACCCAAUUCAAAUCCUGCAACUCGCAGCAGAAAUGACAGAAUCCUCUCCCGGCGAGAGAUUGAGGGUCUCAUUGCAGAUGGCAGGCACAUUAUAAUUCUAGACGGGAAGGUUCUCAAAGUGGACGCUUGGAUCCCCUACCAUCCCGGUGGGAAUAAAUCCAUCAUGCAUAUGGUUGGCAGAGAUGCUACAGAUGAAGUCACGGCUCUGCAUUCCGCCGAAGCUCGCCAGCGGAUGAAUGCGUACCAGAUCGGCCGCAUCGAAGGCCGCUGGAUGAAUUUCCUGCCCCCUAUCCAGGGUGGGAAAUUCCGCCCGUAUAACGAGGGCGAUCUCCAUGUGUCCUCCGAUGAAGUUUGUGAGGGGGAUUCCUCAGAGCAGGACCUCUCAGAUCCCCCCUCUCCAAUAUUUGAACCGGUCAAGGGCACUACCAGACGUAGGGGCCCAGCGUCCUCAGUCUCUUCUGUAUCCUCCAAUUCCCACGACUCCGCGACUGACUCGAAACCAAAUUCGCGGCCGGGUUUUCUAGAUGCCCGCACCCGGGAGGAAAUACUCAUGGAUCUGGCGAAAUACCCGCCCCUGGAUGCCAACACUCAGGAUUUCAUCAUCCGGAAAUACCGCGCGCUACACGACCAAGUCAAAGCAGAAGGCCUCUAUGACUGCGACUACUUUGCCUAUCUAAUAGAAUCAGUCCGCUACACCCUUCUUGGAGGCCUGUUCUUUUAUUUCCUCUGGCGGGGCUGGUACGCCACCUCUGCCGUAUUCCUUGGAGCCCUAUGGCACCAGCUGGUUUUCACUGUCCAUGACGCCGGCCACUUGGGCAUAACCCAUAAUUUCCAUGUGGACACCGUCAUCGGCAUCCUCAUCGCAGACUACAUCGGCGGCCUCAGCAUCGGAUGGUGGAAGCGCAACCACAACGUCCACCACAUCGUCACCAACUCCCCCGAACACGACCCAGAUAUCGAGCACAUGCCCUUCUUCGCCAUCUCCCACCGCUUCUUCGACAGCCUCCGCUCCACCUACUACGACCGCAUAAUGACCUACGACCUCUUCUCCAAAUUCCUCAUCCGCUACCAAAACUACCUCUACUAUCCCAUCCUCGUCUUCGGCCGCUUCAACCUCUACCGCCUCAGCUGGGAAUACCUUCUAGGCGGCCAAGCACCCCGCAAGGGCCCUGCAUGGUGGCACCGGUGGUUCGAAAUCCUCGGCCAGGUGGUCUUCUGGACCUGGUUCGGCUACGGUGUGCUCUACCGGAGCAUCCCUGACUGGCCCAACCGGCUCCUCUUCAUCUUAAUCAGCCACGCCAUCACCAUGCCUCUACACGUGCAAAUCACCCUCUCGCACUUUGCCAUGUCCACCGCGGACCUGGGCGUGAACGAAUCCUUUCCACAACGCAUGCUGCGCACAACCAUGGACGUCGACUGUCCGCAGUGGCUCGACUUUUUCCACGGCGGCCUCCAGUUUCAGGUCAUCCACCACCUAUUUCCUCGCAUGCCGAGGCAUAAUCUGCGCAAGGCGCAGAAGCUUGUUAUGCAGUUCUGUAGGGAGGUGGAGGUGCCCUAUGCGAUUUUCACGUUCUUGGAUGGGAAUAAGGAGGUUAUUGGGCGGUUGGGGGAGGUGGCGGCGCAGGCGAGGUUGUUGGCGGAGUGCCAGAAGAGUAUCGCUGCCGAGCACGGGUUGCAUGCCCAUGGUCAUUAA